UUCAGUGACAUUGCUUUUUGACAGCGACUUUUAAUGUAGACAUCUAAAAAAUUUUAAUGCAAACGUUGAAUAAUUGGAAAAAAUUAUAAGAAAAUAUAAAUAAUUGAUUGUUAUCGUAACAAUUUAGAAAUAUAAAAUGUCGGCUACAGAUCAAAUGAGAGCAAUGCUCGACCAGCUAAUGGGUACUACACGCAAUGGAGACGAUGGCCGAGGACUUAAAUUUUCAGACCCCCGUGUGUGUAAAAGUUUUUUAUUGGACUGCUGUCCUCACGACAUACUAGCAUCCACUCGUAUGGAUUUAGGAGAUUGUCCUAAAGUUCAUGAUUUAGCAUUUCGAGCAGAUUAUCAAAGUGCAGCAAAAUCUCGGGAUUACUAUUAUGACAUUGAGGCAAUGGAACAUUUGCAGGCAUUUAUAGCGGACUGCGAUAGACGCACCGAAGCAGCCAAGCAACGUCUAAAGGAAACACAAGAGGAACUAACGGCCGAAGUGGCAGAGAAAGCAAAUGCAGUACAUGCUUUAGCCGAGGAGAUUGGCAAGAAGUUGGCCAAAGCUGAGGCCCUGGGAGAAGCCGGCGAGGUGGAAGAGAGUAUGUCCCUAAUGAAAGAAAUCGAUGAGCUACGAGCUAAGAAAAUUAAAGCCGAACAUGAGUACCGCACAUCAAUGCCAGCAUCAACAUAUCAACAGCAAAAAUUACGUGUUUGUGAAGUUUGUUCAGCCUACUUGGGUAUCCAUGAUAACGAUAUCAGAUUAGCAGAUCACUUUGGCGGUAAGUUGCAUUUGGGAUUUUUAACCAUAAGAGAAAAAUUAGCCGAUUUGGAGAAGACAGCCGGGCCACGCAAGGCUGAACUGAAGCGUACGGGCAAGAUCCAUGAACGCGAUGAUGAUCGAUCACGUUCACGUUUCUUUGUCGGUGGUCGUGAAUUGGAUCGCCGUUCACGUGUUCAUCGGUCUCGUUCUCGCGAACGACAGCGUCGUCCCGAUGGCCCCAGUACGACUAGUCGUUCGGAUCGUAGAGAUCGGGAUAAUCGUGAGAGUGAUUCUGACCGCAAUAGGAACAGCGGACGUAGUGGCUCCGAUCGUAGAAGAUCUCGAUCACGCUCCCGUGGACGUAGCUUCAACUCCCGGAGAAGAUCAAAUUCACGUGAUCGCCAUCGCCGUUAGUUUAAUUUAUUUAAGAUUUAACUAACAAAUGUGAUUGCUGGAAAUGUCGUACAGAUAUAAUUACUUUGGCAUAAGACGUGACACAUCCAGUAGCAGAUGAAGUUUCGAACCUGGCGAAACACCUUUUUUUACCGUAGGCAUCAUUUUAUAUAGCACGUAUGUAAAUUUCGAAUUGCUUUUAAAUUCACAAACUUAACGUUGUUUAAUAAUUAUUUUAUUUUUUAAUUUUCUAAGCAAACACACAGAUAAUUUUUCUCUUAGAUAUAAAUUUAUUCACUACUAUUUUACUUUUUUCAUAAUUGGACAUUUUAAUUUCUUGAAUUAUGUUGAAAUAAAGCAAAAUAACAUUUCUUUA